CGCUGCCAACCGUCUUCCCCCUGCUAUCCAAAUGAGGCCCUAUUCCAUCGAUGGGGCCAUGGCUGAGGCCCUCAGUCACUUGAAUCUCAUAUCCUGUCAUUUUCGCGAGCAUGGCCAGCACCAGGUUGCGAACGAGAUCGGAAAACUCAGCAUUAUGAUCGUCAACAAGUUCUCGGAGGGUAUUGAUCACAUUUCUCCCAACGACUAUGCUCUAGCCCAGGAGGAUGGUGGCAACCAGAGUGCCCCCAACAAAGAGUUCCCUGCCCUCAACGCCUUUCCGAAGCAACCCAUCGCGGCCCUGGCGGACAGAUCGGAGAAGGAGAACGAAGCGGUCGGGACUGAGAGCCUUGCCGCCCGAAAGGUGUCCAUGCAUGAUGGACGUCUCCUUUCUACUGGAAGCUGGGCUCAGGUCGCCGGUUCGUUCUCUGAAAACCGAGCCCCUCACCCCGACGCGGUGCAGUGCAUGUCACCUCUGUCUUUGGUUUUGGGCUCGGUAUCCAAACCCAGUCAGGUCAGUGAUGAUGAGGAUGAGGCACGCGAGCCAGGAAAUUCGGGAGUAGCGCUCCCUCCGGCCGUGCAGCCUGAGAUUCCUGAAGCCAAGGCAGGAGUCAUCCGUGUCUAUGGGAAGAUCACCCGGGACUUUAUUCAGUAUAUCACCACCCGAAUCCAUGAAGGACCCUUGCAGGAUAUCCGGGUCGAGACCAAUGGAAGGACCAGAGUAACCUUCCAGCACGCGGCUCAGGCCCUCGCUUUCCUGAAAUCGAAUCAGGAGAUGGAGCGGAUGCUGGGCUAUGGACGCCUCGGAGACGGUUACCGUGUCGAGCUGAUCGAGAUCGUUGAUUGGAAUGAAGACCAUCGUCGGAUGAAUCAGCCCAUCCGGGAACGGCGUCGCCUCUCCUUUGCGAGGAAGAGGCUCUUUGCCGAAGGCAUGUCGCCUGAGAAAUGGAAGCAGGACGUCCGUACCCUGGCUGGACCUGGAAACAUUGAUUUCCUGUGGGUGUUCAACUCUGGAAAUGCGACUGCAGUGUUUACGAGCACCAUCGUUGCUCGUCGCGUGUUAGAACACUUCGAGACCUGGAAGAAUGGCCGAAACGUCUACAGUGGCGUUUCGGUCACUUACUCCUCGGAUCCAUGCGAGAAGGAGUUGGUGCUGGUUCGCGAGACCAAUCGCCCGGGCAUGAUCAGAAACUUUGUGAAGCGAACCAUGCGGUAGCUGCAUGUCCUUCUUGCCUGCCGAUGGCCAGGCACUUGCUCACCUUCCAGGUAGCGCAUUAAUUUUCGAUUAUCUAUGUUAACAGGACUUGGUGAUUGCAAAGACAAGGGAUGGCACAGGAAACGGUCAAUAAUGGAAAAG